GAUUCAGAAGAUUGGUAGCACUGAAUAGUCUGAUCAUACACAAAGUUUCAAUUUGAAAGAUCGUAACGGUCUUCAAGUAAAACUGUGGCAAAGGGGAAGAAGUGUCUUUUUCACACGGGUGUUGUCAUAUAUAUUUCAGUCUAAUUCAACGAAAGCUGUCAAAUUAUUUCCAUAUUCAUAAUUGUGUACAUAUCAAGCAGACUUGCGUAAAAAUGAAGCCUGCACGUUCAAGAACUCCAGCUCGUAAACCGAUUAUUCGACCGAAGGGAUCGAAUAUGGUGUCCAAGGAUCCUGUUCAAGUGUACUGUCGUUUACGACCAAUGCAAUUUUCCACAGAUGUGUCAUGCAUGAGAAUUGUCUCUGACACAACGUUAGUCAUAACACCGCCAGAAUCAGCAGUCAAUUUUCGUACUAUAACUAAAGAGAUACAAACAACAUUCAGUCAUAUAUUUAUGCCUGAUGUUACACAAAGGGAGGUAUUUAAAACAGUUGCGCUUCCUCUUGUGGAAAAUCUCAUUCAUGGAAAAAAUGGUCUGCUGUUUGCUUAUGGCGUUACUGGCAGUGGGAAGACUUAUACGAUGACUGGAGAAUCACAGGAUGCUGGUAUCAUGCCUCGCUGCCUGGAUGUUAUUUUUAAUACCAUUACAAAUUAUCACAAAAAGUUUGUCUUUAAGCCAGAUAAAUUGAAUGGUUUUGAUGUACAAAGUGAGGCUGAUGCUAUGUUAGACAGGCAACAUGAACUUCAUGCAGGCAUAUCACAGAAAACAGGGAGAAUUGGCAAGCAUCGUAAAGUGGACAGUGAUGGAGACAGUAAUCCAACAGUAGCCCAUGAACGUAAUGAAUCGCAAACUGUAAUGAUUGAAUCUGACAAUGCAUAUGCUAUAUUUAUAACAUAUGUUGAAAUAUAUAAUAACGUUGUAUAUGAUUUGUUAGAUGAAGAUGAUAUUAGAACUAAGACACUACAGAGUAAAAUUGUCAGAGAAGACGGUAAUAAAAAUAUGUAUGUACAUGCUGUCACAGAGAUUGAGGUAAAAAGUGCAGAGGAAGCUUUUGAACUAUUUCAACGUGGGCAACGGAAGAGACGCGUUGCACACACAGCAUUAAAUGCAGAAUCGAGUAGAUCCCAUAGUGUUUUUACUAUUCGACUUGUACAGGCACCUUUAGAUUGUGAGGGUGAACAUGUAAUGCAGGAUAAACGAGUCGUGUGUGUAAGUCAACUAUCUUUAGUAGAUUUAGCAGGUAGUGAACGCACAAAUCGCACUAAAAAUACUGGUCAACGUUUACGAGAAGCAGGGAAUAUUAAUAAUUCACUGAUGACUCUGCGCUCAUGUCUGGAAAUUUUGAGAGAAAAUCAGAGCCAAGGUACAAACAAGAUGGUACCAUAUCGGGAUUCUAAACUAACUCAUUUGUUCAAAAAUUAUUUUGAUGGUGAAGGGCAAGUCAGAAUGAUAGUCUGUGUAAAUCCAAGAACAGAUGAUUAUGAUGAGACAAUUCAAAUCAUGAAGUUCGCGGAAAUGACUCAAGAAGUGCAAAUUGCACGAUCAAAUCCUUUAAAAUUAGAUCUUGGUUUUACUCCUGGAAGGAGACAAGCAAAUAAGAUAUUCAAAGAAGCAAGAAGUAAAUUGGAAAAAGAGGGACGACCAGACGCUGCUGAUCUAGAUAUUGAUUUAGGUUUAGUGUACAGUUUGGGUGGACCUUUUCCUCAAUUGGAAAUUAUUAAUUCAGACAAUGAUCAAAUAAUACAUUCCUUAAUGCAGUUCUUGGAACAACGUAUCGACAAGCGCAAUAUUCUUCGUAUGGAUUUACAAAAGAAACAAGAGGAUUUCAGAAAAAAGAUAAUAGGAAUGGAACAAGAAAAUGUAAAUUUGAAAGUCGAAGUUGCUUCAUUGAAAGCUUCAAAUACACAGCAAAAGAGAAAGAUAUCUGCAUUUGAAGGACAUCUCUGUAAAACGGAAACGCAAAUUGAUACUCUUUUAUGUAAAUUAAACUCUGCUAAUGAAACAAUACGCAAUUUGCAGCAAGAAAUAAGGGAUAGGGAUUUGGCAUUGAAUCAACGUUUAAUAGAUAAACAAAGAGUAAAGCAGAGAUAUAAUACAAAGAUACAAGUUGAAACAGAUAAAAUGAACAGAGAAUUAGAAAUCAAAUUGCGCCAACAGCGUGAGCAUCUUCAGAAUCAAAUGAAAGAAAAGGAAGAUAAAUUGCGAUUAGUGAAGAAAAUUUUAGUUGACGACAAUUCUAUAAUCCCAUCAAAAGGACAAGCUCCAGAAUCAACAGCAAAAAUAAUCAGUCCAGACAGAGAAACCAGAAUAUCACGAAAGGAUAGAGUACCCGUUUCAAAUCCGAGGUACAGACGUUCGCAAAGUGCUGAUCGAUGGAUCGAUCAUAGACCUCAGACUCUUGUACCGAUCGGAACUGUAUUACAACCGUUAAUGCAAAGAAGGCGAAGUAUAACGCGACUUACUUCCCCGAAGGAAAUUACGGAUGGUGCAUCUAGAUAUUGUCUUGUCGCGCAAGAGCAUGAUACAGAUGGAGAACUCGAAACAAAAUUAUUUAAGGGUGACAUACUACCGACAAGCGGCGGUGGAGCACAGGUAAUAUUUAAUGAUAUGGAAUGUUUAAAACAAUCAUCACCGAAAGCAAGAAAACGUACUGGACCUCGAGAAGAAAAUGUCGACCAAACAGAUACUAUCACACAGAUGGAAACAAAGAGAGCACGGGUAUAAUCUUUAUAAUUAAAAAUAUAAAGACUUAUUUAUGCACAAGGUAAUAAAUUCUCUGAUAUUAAUUUA